AACCUUAAAUGGUGUUACACUAUAUUUUUCUCAUGUUAAUAAACAUAUUUGGGGAAAAAGGACUCACUGCUCAGCCCUGAAUCCAGGCAGAAGCAAAACUUGCUGGAUAUUAUUUUAGCUGAACUACAGUAUGUGGGAUCAGCUCAAAAGACAGCAGAGCUCGUGUUCGCUAUAUUUCAAAAGUGUGGCUCAUUAGCAUACACUCGCUGACCACUUUAUUAGGAAAGUUCCUAUUUUACUGUGUUAAGUUGAACACCCCCCACCCCCACCCAUCUCCAUUGGCCUUUAGAAAUUCCUUAAACCUUGAAGCUAUAGAUUCAACAAGGUGCUGGAAACAUGCUGACUUAAAGCAUCAUACAACUGCUGCAUAUUUGUCAGUUGCUCCACUGAAUUGAGAUCUGAUGAUUGUGCGUUUGAGUGGAAUGAACCAGUUGUCUUGUUCAUUCAACUAGUCUGAGAUUAUUUGAGAUAGGCUGGGAGCAGCCAUAAGAUGUACAAAUAUGUACAGAGGCUCAGGUAGGCUGCGGUGUUAAACAAUGCUUACUUUGUGCUGAGAGACAUUUGAACAUGCCACAGUUUUCCAAUUAUCUGUUGUCCAUUUUUUGAGAUCCAUAUUACUUGUAGCCUCAGUUUCUUUUUAUUAGCUGGCAACAGUAGUCUUCUGCUGCUGUAGCUUAUUGACUUCAAGGUUAGUUAUUCACCAUGUAUAAAUACCUAAAUGUAAUACGUUGCUGUCAUGUGAUUGGCCAGUUAGAUAUUGGUGUUAAAAUGCAACAAAUGUAUCUAAUAAUCCAGCCACUGAGUGUAAGUAGUGAAGAGCCAACCCAGGUUGUGUUGUUACAUGUGUUGAAAGGAUGCAAUCGUAAAGUUCCCGUUUUGAAAAGAGAACAACUUUACUACACGCUCACCGUUAAAGCAUGUGUGUGGGUGAUUCUGACUGUUUAAAAUGUGACUGCAGAGUGAGCAGAUUGUGGGUUGUACCUUUCAGCCAAGCACAAUGUGCAAGCAACUGCAGUCAUCUGCCACAGAAAUUCUGAGACCAAAAAAACAGCAGAACAACAUUUUGUUGUUCUCCAGUGAGAUUUGUGGGAGUUUUAAAACAUCAGAGUGAGAAACGUUAGUAAAAGUUAGAACAUUCUGGCCUUGCCCUCCUUCACCGGGCUCGGUUUUAGCAAUGAAUUCAAAUGAAUGGAUUUUGCAGUGUCAUCUUGAGUAAGCUAUAGAAAAGGUUACACUUAAUCAUUAUGAACUCGAAUUUUUAAUAACUGGGAUUAAAACUUUCCUGGAGCGACGUCCAGCCUGCAGACCACAUGAGCUAAAAUAUUAACAUUGUUCUUAAUUUUUGUUAAGUUUAUUUUUAGGAGUUGCGUAUAUGUAAGCCUUUCAUCUUUACUGGAAAAUAUUAGGCUAAUAAUACUGAUUUCUUUAAAUAAAACUAGCAAAUUUACUGGUGAAAAUAGACUAAUAAAGGGAACUUAAAGUAACUGUGCCACUGAGCAUAACAACAGCUUUUAAAAUGGAACAUGGCCUUGCUUGUUCUUUAGAGCAUAGGUUAAAGCUGUGAGUCAGUGAACACACCUUAAAUAUAUAAUGACCAUUAUGUUUUGUCUUUCUAAUCUAUAGGAUAAUAGGACAAUAAAAACAACAUUGGGUAUUUCUCCAGCUAGAUUUGUGGGAGUUUUAAAACAUCAGAGUGAGCAAAGGCUUUGCCCUCCUUUCUGGGGCUUGUUUUCAGCAAUGAAUUUGAAUGAAUGGACUUUUGCAAUGUCAUCUUGAGUAAGCUGUAAAAAAGGUUACAGAUGUAUGAACCCUAAUCUAUUAUCUGGUUGUUAAAGAUCUUUAACAACUCUUUGAAAAGUCCUCUGCUUUCCUAACGAUAUGGUCAACAACCUGAAGGAGAGAAUUCUUCAAAUUGCAGAUGAAUAUCCAACUGUGACAAACAUUGUUCUGCAUACAGGGUCAAACGAUGUGUCCAAACAACAGUCGGAGGUUCUGAAACGGGACUUUACUAGAUUACUAAAUACUGUAAACUCUCUGAAUGCAGCUGUAUUCAUCAGUGGACCUGUACCGCCCGUCAGAGUAGGAGACGAGAGAUUCAGCAGGUUGUUUACACUGAAUAAAUGGCUUAUAUCAGCAUGUGCGGACCACUCAGUGCAUUUUAUCAACAACUUUAAUAUUUUUUGGGAACGCAGGCAUCUGUUUAAAGCAAAUAGAUUUGAUUUUAACAAGUCAGGGGUGAAACUGUUCACCUCCAACUUGUUUUAUUCCAUACGUCAUCCAUCUGUGCUUGGUGCCAAGGCUGAGAUAAACGAGGAGUUAUCUCAUAAAGAGGAACAAACAGUACUCCAAGAACAGACAAAGCCCAGCAGAAACCUUGAGGAGGAGCUCCAUCUGCCCCCACCCGGGAAGAGCCUCAGAAAGGAGAGACAUCUGAGGCAAGAAGAGGGGUCCCUAUUUGCCUCCAAUUCUCUCAACAACAUCAACGACCAGGACCAGGGACCACAAUCUUCCCCAGUCCCCCAAACCCCUGACAGGCCAUCACCCUCCUCCCCCUCCCUUUCUCCCUCCUUCCCACACCUGAAAUUCACUGAGGAGAUGAUGAAGCGGGUCAAUGCUGGGCUCAGAUCUACCCCCCGGCCCAAUCCCUUUUUGUCCCCCAUAAACCCCCCACCAGAGCGGCCAAAGGUUCGCCAUCGAGCCCCACCCUCAACAGAGCAAUCGAAGUCACAUUGCCCAGCCUCGCCCCCCUUAGUUCCUCCUUACCACCUUCAUGCUUUGUCUCCGCAGUCUGAUGUGUGAUGUGUGGAGGGUCCGGGCUGCGAGGAUUAUGGCAGUGGCGACU